CGCUUAAACAUAUCCACCCGAGAUGUUCCGGGUUUUUUCAUGUAACUGAAUGGACGUAACGAGUUCAGUGUCUUAUAUUUUGGAGUUGUUUCUAAAAUGGUUCACUACCAAAGUGACCCAAGUCUUUGAGUUAAUUUUGCCUCGUUUUGACUUCAUUUCCUACAAGACAUAACCAUACGGGUUUGUGUCGAAAGGUCUAUUUUGCAGGUCCAACCACAGCGAAGAUGUUGCACCGGAGAUCUUAUUCUGGAGGGGUUGUUGCAGUCGCGUUAAAUGGGAUGUUCUGCCUUCUGUUCAGCGUCAGUUACGCCCAAGAAUGCGGAAAUAUGGGCGGAGUUUGCCAGAACAACGCAGAAUGUAGGCAACUAAAUGCCGACCAGUUCUACUGCAGCUGCUCGGGGGCGUGGACAGGAGAGUUCUGUGACCAAGUGAAUUAUUGCUACAAUGUUCCAUGCAACAAUAUGGGAAUCUGUUACAACUUGGAGACAACGUACCGAUGCGAUUGCGCGGAUGGAUUCAGCGGUGUUGACUGUGGCAUACCUCUUCAACAAGAAGAUGCGUGUUCUCCAAGCCCCUGCCAGAACGGCGGCGAAUGUCUGCUUCAAGCCAAUGAUCCUACCCAGGCGUUGUGUCUCUGCUCGGAGGCUUUUUCUGGCCCUCAGUGCGAGAGAGACAAUCCGUGUUUUCCCCAGCCUUGUCAAAAUGGUGGCACUUGCACGGCAUCCGAAACUAGCUUCUCCUGCGCAUGCGCAGAUGGAUAUACAGGAACCCAAUGCCAAUCAGUUGCCAUCGACCCCUGUGGCUCCUCCCCCUGUUUGAAUAACGGGAUUUGCCAGAGUGUUGGUAACGACUACAUCUGCACGUGUGACACUCUCCACAGCGGCAAGAACUGUGAAACAAAGAUAAAACCGUGCGACAACGACCCCUGCCAAAAUGGUGGCGGGUGCUUCAACCGCGUGGAUGACAACACGUACUUCUGCGUCUGCCCCGCCAACUUCACCGGAGAGAACUGUGAAGAGGAUUUGAAACCUUGCCAAGCCAUCCCCUGUCAGAACGGUGGACUGUGUUACAACUUGGGGAACAACCUCGAUUACGUGUGUGUGUGCACCAGUGGCUUCAUGGGUACCAACUGCGAGAGGGAUGACCCCUGUCUCCCCCAGCCUUGUUUUAACGGGGGCGUGUGUUCGUAUAUCGGCUUCUCGUUCAGCUGCACUUGUGCAAAUGGCUACACCGGACCCCAGUGUGAAAUUCCACCUCCUCAUCCGUGCGACGAAGGGCUUAAUCCCUGCUUAAACGACGGCCAGUGCUCCUCUAAUGAUGGUCUCACGGCAGUUUGUGCCUGUGUGAACGGCUUCACUGGAUCACAAUGCGAAACGGUGCCCCCUUGUCACGACACCAUCAACCCAUGUCAGAACGGAGCGACGUGUGUAGAACAGAACUCAGCAGCGGUGUGCAUCUGCGUGGACCAUUAUGUCGGAGAUCGUUGCCAACAAGAGGGUCCUUGCCACGAAAACGUCAACCCUUGUCUGAACGGAGCAACCUGCGUGGAGAUGAACUCCGCGGCAUUUUGUCGGUGCACCGACGGCUUUGUCGGUGAUCGUUGCGAGAGAGACCUUCCCUGUAACGAUCAGGUCAACCCGUGUCAGAACGGUGCUGUGUGUGUCAACGUGAACGACACCAUCGCACACUGCGUGUGUUUCAACCGUUUUAGCGGCCUGUACUGUGAACUUGAACCUGCAGUUCACCCGUGCAACGAGACCGUCAAUCCGUGUCAAAAUGGCGCCACUUGCUUUCCCAUGAACGACGUCACCGCUAUAUGUGUAUGCAUCGAUGGGUACUCGGGCCAGCACUGUGAAAUUGACCCGCCAGCCCCACCCUGUCAUGAGAGUGUCAACCCGUGUCAGAACGGCGCAACUUGCACGGAAUUGGAUAGCACCACAGCGAUGUGCGUCUGCAUCGAUGGAUUUCGUGGAGAGCACUGCGACCAACUGGGCCCUUGUCACGAAAGCAUCGACCCUUGUCAGAACGGAGCGACAUGCUUAGAACAGAAUUCAGCAGCACUAUGCAUCUGCGUGGACCAUUAUGUCGGUGAUUAUUGUGAGCAAGUGGGCCCUUGCCACGAAAGCGUCGAUCCUUGUCUGAACGGAGCAACGUGCAUGGAGAUGAACUCGGCAGCAGUGUGCCGUUGCACCAACGACUUUGUCGGCGACCGUUGCGAGAGAGUCCCACCGUGCCAUACCACCGUUGAUCCCUGUCUAAACGGGGCGACCUGCAUCGAGAAAGAAAGCUCCACUUUCAUGUGCGUCUGCGCUGGAGACUACAUUGGCGAACACUGCGACCAAGUCCCCCCGUGUCAUGAUUCUGUCAACCCCUGUCUGAACGGGGCUACUUGCACGGAGACGGGAGGUCUUCCAGAAGUGGCCUGUCUUUGUGUGGGUGGCCAUACCGGACUGUACUGUGAGAUUCCCCCAGACGAUCCAUGCGAUCCAAAUCCAUGUCAGAACGACGGGUUGUGCCAAGGUGAUCUCAUCACAGGCAUUCACUCAUGCACGUGCUCGGCAAACUUCUACGGCGCGAACUGUGAAACCGUGGUUCCUAACAAUUGUGAGAGCAAUCCAUGUGUCAACAACGGAACCUGUUACUCGGGUAAAGAAAUGAAUGGGUAUGUGUGCACAUGCGUGGAUGGAUACACCGGUCUCAACUGCGAGUUGGAGACAUGUAGAAGAAUACCAUGCCAAAACGAAGGUGUCUGCGUGACGGCUGAAAGCCACGACUACUGUGAGUGUAGGGAAGGCUGGACGGGGUCACAGUGCCAGACAAAACAAGUCACAUGCGAAGUCAACACCUGCCAGAACGACGGUACCUGCCUGGUGCUCGAUAAUGUGCUGGUAUGCCGGUGCAAAGGAAUUUACUACGGAUCACGCUGUGAACGGAGUAACAAAAACUCAAAUUCUGAUGCACUGUCUUUCCACAAGAGGAGUUCAAGUACAAUGAAGGUCGUCAGUCUCCUCACCCUCGUUACUAUCACGCUGAAUCUUUAGCCUAGUCUUCCUCUCGAGGCUGGUUUAAUUCACGUUUCCAACAUGCAGGCAGGUUAUGUGUCCGUCAACUCAUAUUGCAGUGGGUCUUUACAUUACUGUUUGUUUUGUGUUGUUUUUUUGUUGUUGUUGUCUUGCUUUGUUUUUUUUUACGUGGUGCUGAAGUACUCCAAUAGAGCCUGUUCUUAUUUAGAUACAUCGCCACUCAGCUGACGGUUAAAACCAUACGUUCUGUGGCUGAAUUUUAUUGGUGGUGUGUUGCUGGUGAAAAUUGGGAUUGCAUCAAUGCGUUGUAAUCAUGUAUCAGUUCUAAAUAGUUUUCAAAGGCAAGCAAAACUUGCAACAAUCCUUUCACAAAGUCUGUUUUGCCCUCUGCUACUUAUUCUUCAUAUUGCAUUCACCUGAACACAGAGCUUGAAUUACAUGUAUGAGAUAAUAUCUGAACUGUACAGGUCUGGAAAGCCUAACUGCUACUUAAGUUUCUCACUUUACAACUUUUUUUAAUUUAAAGGCAGAUUGUCUUCGAUUUAGCCUACUUUAUCUCAUUUAUUAUCCCCAGUGUUGAUGUUACACAGAUAGUAGGCCUACGCGGUUUUAAGUAUUGGUCUUUGCUAUCUAGGUUAGCCAGUUUGGUUCUGAGUGGAAAUUGUAAUAAUGGUGAUGUUUGUGCGUAUAGUUAGGGACCCUGAGAUAGAUCUAAUUAAAUUUACCAGUUUUACAAAGAUUCAAUCCUGUUUCCCCAAAAAUCUUUACAUUUAGCGUCAGAUAUCUGCCCACUUUUUAACUAAACUAUUUAAACUUCUGAGCAAUCAAAGAUUGUCUUCCCCCGUGGAUUCUGUGGAAAAAAAUGGUCUAAACUCUUCAUAUGUAAAUGUUUCUACAUUUAUGUUCCAAUGACAAGAUAAAACAAUUAAUACUCACUGUGAUGCUAAAAUAUUGUGCAUCGAAAUAUGAAACUGUAUCUAAUGAGUUAAUAUGGUAUAUUUUUAUAACGUAAUUCUAUGUAGAUUUUCGUUUAAAUGGUCAUAAAGUGAACUGGAAUUAAAUCGUACUCUAAACGCAGGCCUUUUAAACACAGACGUCAAGGCUACUCUGUACAGUUUAAACAUAAUUUUACCUUCAUAUUUCUGUACAUACUUCUCAUUUUUAGUAAGAAAAUAGAAUGUAUUUUCAGAA